CUUUGAUUACAUACGUUAAGAAAUGUGAUUUCUGUGAAUACGCAUUCCUUCUUUUUCUACUCUUUUUUCCUUCUUUAUUUUAUCAGUUGGUCUGCUAGGCUGGCUGUUUCCAAUCAUUCAUUAAAAAGAAAACAACAUCUACAUCUCCUCAUCAGUCACUACUCUCACACUCUUUUAAUUUUCCUAUAUAUAUUACCUUAAGUUUCUCAAUACUCGUUCAUCCAUUCCCUUUUAUUAAUGCAGCAGCAGUCCAAGGGAAAAAAACACAAAAUGUCUACAUACCCAGUUCUAGUUGUUGUACUUGUGUGCCUAUGUCACAUGUCUGUGGCAAUGGAGGAGAAGAAAACAUACAUCAUUCACAUGGCUAAAUCACAAAUGCCAGAUACCUUUGAUGAUCAUACUCACUGGUAUGACGCGUCCCUCAAAUCAGUCUCUGAAUCAGCGGAGAUGAUCUAUGUUUAUAAAAACGUUGUUCAUGGUUUUGCAGCAAGGAUUACUGCUCAAGAAGCUGAAUCCUUACAAACCCAACCUGGGAUUCUCUCUGUUUUGCCUGAGCUGAUAUACCAACUCCACACUACUCGGACACCUCUUUUUUUGGGUCUUGAUAAAAGUGUUAAUAUCUUUCCUGAGUCAGAUGUUAUGAGUGAUGUCAUCGUCGGAGUACUCGAUACAGGGGUUUGGCCGGAGAGAAAGAGCUUUGACGAUACUGGAUUUGGACCUGUUCCAGAUUCGUGGAAAGGUCAGUGUGAGUCCAGCACCAAUUUCAGUUCUGCCAUGUGUAACAGAAAGCUUGUUGGAGCGAGGUAUUUUUCUAGGGGUUAUGAAACUACUCUUGGACCAAUUGAUGAGUCCAAGGAGUCUAAAUCUCCUAGGGAUGAUGAUGGACAUGGAACACACACUGCUUCUACAGCAGCUGGUUCACUUGUUCAGGGUGCUAGCCUUUUUGGUUAUGCUUCAGGAGCUGCUCGUGGAAUGGCCUAUCGUGCCAGAGUUGCCGUCUACAAAGUUUGCUGGCUUGGGGGAUGUUUUAACUCUGACAUAUUGGCAGGGAUGGACAAAGCCAUUGAUGAUAAAGUUGAUGUGCUUUCAUUAUCACUUGGUGGAAGCACACCAGAUUACUACAAAGACAGCAUUGCAAUUGGAGCUUUUGCUGCUAUGGAGAAGGGUAUUUUGGUUUCUUGCUCUGCUGGAAAUGCUGGACCUAAUCAAUUCAGUUUGUCCAACCAAGCACCUUGGAUCACCACCGUCGGUGCUGGAACAAUUGACCGUGAUUUUCCAGCAUAUGUUACCCUUGGCAAUGGCAAAAAUUUCUCCGGCGUUUCACUUUACGCGGGUGAUUCAUUACUUAAUAAGAUGCUUCCCUUGGUGUAUGCUGGUAAUGCCAGCAAUGUAACCAGUGGAAAUCUCUGUAUGAUGGGUACCUUAAUUCCUGAGAAAGUUAAAGGCAAAAUUGUGCUGUGUGACAGAGGGAUUAACGCUCGAGUCCAAAAAGGUUUUGUGGUAAAAGCAGCUGGUGGAGCCGGCAUGGUUUUGGCUAACACCGCAGCAAAUGGGGAGGAGCUAGUGGCUGACGCCCAUUUACUUCCAGCGGCGGCGGUGGGUCAAAUAGCCGGCGAUGCAGUCAAGAAAUAUUUAUUCUCCGAUCCUAAUCCAACGGCCGAAAUUCUUUUUGGAGGAACAAAGGUAGGAAUCCAACCGUCACCGGUUGUUGCAGCGUUCAGUUCCAGAGGCCCAAAUUCAAUCACCCCGGAGAUACUCAAACCGGAUAUUAUCGCGCCCGGUGUAAACAUUCUGGCCGGCUGGACCGGAGCCGUCGGCCCGACAGGGAUGGCUGAGGACGAUAGACGGGUCGAGUUCAACAUUAUCUCAGGCACAUCCAUGUCGUGUCCACAUGUGAGUGGCUUAGCGGCUUUGGUAAAAGGAGUCCACCCAGAAUGGAGCCCGGCCGCCAUUCGUUCUGCGCUCAUGACCACCGCUUACACCGUCUACAAGAACGGCGGAGCACUACUGGAUGUCGCCACGGGAAAGCCAUCUACACCUUUCGAUCACGGCGCUGGACACGUGGAUCCCGUUUCGGCGGUGAACCCAGGUCUUGUUUACGACAUAAACGCCGAUGAUUACCUCAAUUUCAUGUGUGCAUUGAAAUACACUCCAUCACAAAUCAAUAGCUUAGCAAGAAGAAACUUCACAUGUGAUUCAAGCAAAAAAUACAGCGUCACAUUGAAUUACCCUUCCUUUGCUGUUUCAUUCCCUGCUGAUACCGGUUCAAACACAAUCAAGUACAGCCGGACACUGACUAAUGUUGGACCAGCUGGGACAUACAAAGUUACUGUUUCUUCCCCUAAUAGUUCAGUGAAAAUUAUAGUUGAGCCUGAAACAGUGAGUUUCACUCAGAUUAAUGAGAGGAAAUCGUAUACUGUGAGUUUUACUGCUCCAUCAAAGUCCUCAUCUACGGAUGUAUUCGGUAGAAUUGAGUGGUCAGAUGGGAAGCAUGUGGUUAGUAGUCCAGUUGCAAUUUCUUGGUCAUGAAGACAUAGCUAAUAGCUUCUGUUUAUUUUAUGUAUAAGUUCAUGGUUUUCUGCUUUUUAAGUUUCAUUCCAGCACAAAAGUUGGUAGCUGGUUUCAAGAUUUUUUUAUGUAUAACAUGAAAGAAUCAAAGAAAUGUAUGCCUUGUACAAUAUCUUGCUCACUGUACAGUGUU